AUGGGUCGACUGUUGCACACGUUCAGGACGACGAUCACGGCGUCGCAAAGUAUGAAACUCUUUACCGCACGAAAGGACCCGAAGCGUUCAUUGCCGGAACACUUUCUUUACUUGGCCGCUGUUUGCAAUGCGUGCGGUGGUGGCGCCGAGGCACAAGUACUGGACAACAUCGUCCGCUACGCGUCGAGUGAGCUCAGUACCGUGUUGAUGGCGAAGUAUAACAACGGGAGGUACGGCCGCUUGCGCCAAGUGGAAGAGCUGGCGCACUUUGCACAAGCCGUCGAGACUUGA